AUGUCUCGGCCAAAGCUGUACAGUCCUUGGGACUACCAGGAGAAGAGCAUGGAUCUAGAUCUAGGCUUUUCCUGGGGCUUGCAUCCAAUUGAAGUUGGAAGUCCCAUGAAGAAACAGAAGUUAGGUGAAAGCAUUACAAACCAUGAACAAUCGGUAGGAAGCUUUGAUUACGUUCGCCUUCGACUGGCGCCCAACAUGGCACAUAACGAGAAGGUUUGCAACUGGUUUGACGAGUUGCCAUGGUACUUUCAUCCUGAUGGUUCCAUCUUUCAUACUUUUUACUCAGCCACGGCCAGUGCUUCUACAUCCUCAAGUAUAGGAUGUUGUUUCGAUGACACUGAUUUCGUCAUUGAGUAUCAAUUGAAGAAGAUUACGAAAAUGGUCCGGCUCAAUUAUUUAAACGAACCUGAACAAGUCGCUAAACUAGAAGACGUCUCCGAUAAUAGCUCUCCGAUGGAAACUCGAGCUGAGUCUUUUAUAUCCUCUGAGUAA